GAAUAUGUGCCUAAUAUUUUGUGUUGAAUUUAUAGUUUUUUGAAAUUCCCUUCUUCUUUUUGCGUGUUGUUAUAAUUAAUUAAAAUUAAAAUUAAGAUUAAAAUAGCGUCACCCAUCUUUUCACGUGUCUUCCUUUAUUCUUCCUUUUUCCUCAGAUUUUAUUUCUGGGGAAAUAAAAAGUUGUGGGCCUUUACGUUUUAUCUCAUCCCUUUUUUUUGACGGUGCUUUUCCUAUAAAAACUCACUUGAAUAUCCUCAAAUUUCAACCAAUUUUAUUUUUCUCUUUAUUCUGUUAGUAGCAAAAAUAAAAAAUAAAAAAUAAAAAAAUGGAAGGAACAAAAAAACCAACAAGUUCUUCAUUUACUUCUGAUCUUUUUGGUUCCAAAGACUCUUCUGCUUCUUCAUCUUCUGGAAUUUUUGGUUCUAUUUUCCCCCCGCCUUCCAAGGGACAUGGAUCGAUGAAUUCGGAGCAAUCGAGGCAAGACCCUGUGAUUCAUCAGGCAAGAAAUGCUAAAGGUGGAUCUUCAGGAAGUACUCCUACUAGCUCCGAAGCUGCUAGUGAGGCUGCACAAAACAAGCAGCCGAGUUCAUUUUAUCAGAACGAAAAAGUACAGCCCUGCCAUCUUAGUUCAUCGAUAUACUAUGGGGGGCAAGAUGUCUAUUCAUUUCCCCAAAAGAACAACCAGAGCUCUACAUACCCUACCUUCAGCAAAGAUAAUGGCGAAGAUGAUUCUGGAAGUGCGUCUCGAGGAAACUGGUGGCAAGGAUCUCUUUACUACUAAGAGCUCACCACCAAUAACAUGGAGGUUACAUAUACUCAAGGAAAUUAAAUAUAUAGAGAAGCAGUUAUCUACCUCAAAUAUUAAAGAUGGAUGAUUACUAGUAAUUAGCCAAAUAGAGCACUAGUUGGUUGGGUCCUACAGAUUAUAAUUAUAAUUAUAAUUAUUAGGAUAUGUAAUUGUAGUUAAUUAGUGUUUUUCUCUUACUUGUAAAGAGACAUGCAAACCUUAUGCACUUUGAUUAGCUUACAACUUUUGUGCUUUGAAGACUCUUUUUUUGGGCUUCAAAUCUUUCUAAAGUUCCCAAUAUCCUGUAUAAUUAUAUACUUAAAUGGUUAUAUUUGAUGUGUAUAUAUUAUUCUGCUCAA